AUGUUACACGGAGCUAUGUCGCAUUCAUCGGAGCAAAUCACCACACAUGAUAAAAAUUUAUCAAUGAAUGGUCGAUUAACUCCAAUCGGUGGUGCUUCAUCGGAUACAGAAUAUGACACAAGUGAUAAUGAAGAAUUCAAUGAAAAUAUUCCAUUAUUUAAAGAACAUGAAAAAUUAAUUUCUUCACUUGCAGCACUAACUUCUCAUUUAGCUCAUGUACAAUUACGUUUACAACAAGUUAUAUCUGCACCAACACCUGAAGAUCGUGAAAAUUUACUUACAGAAUUACAGAAAUUCGCUUCCAGUGGUAUACCUGAUGUAAUGUGUCAAUCAUCAGUGUUUAAAAAUGAUUGUACACGUGAACAAUUAAUUGAAGCAGAAAAAUGUCGGGAAAAAGAAUUUAUUAAUGAACUAAAACAAAAAUUAGAUGAAUUAGAACAUUAUGCAUUUGCAUCGGGUUCACUUGAAUGCGCACCAACAUUAGUCAUCAUGGAAAAACAACGUGUACUUAUUGAUGAAUUACGUCAAAAACUUGAUUUACAAUUAGAUGACGAUGCCGUUUCAAAAUUAUCAGCUGAAGAAUUAAGAAAACUUGUUGAUCAAAGUAUUUAUCAGUUAACUAAUCCAGUAAAAUUAAAAGAAAAGUUAAUAAAUCAAAUGCGUACAGAAAUAGGUGAUCUGGAAAACUUUAUUGAAUUUCUCAAAGCUGAUUCUGCUAAGAAAACAACUAAUGCAUCCAUUACAUCUGCUCCUUCAUUAACUUCAACGAGUAUUGAUUUAUCUUCUACAACUAAAUCAAAAUCCGUACGUCCAAAUCUUCGAAAAUUUCUUUAUUAUUAUUUAUCUAUUUUUAAGCACACAAAAUCCACAAGAAGAAGUCAAUCAUCAAGAAUGACUGAAUCAACAAAUACAUUUUCAUCUUGUUUUCAAUAUAGACAUAAUUCACUAAAUAUAUUUCAAUCAAUAAAAAGUUUUUUUAUUUUAACUCAACUUUAUACAAUUUUUUUAUUAACAUGUGGAGCGAGAUCAAUGCAAAGAACAACCCAUCAAUCAACUAGAAUUAUACGCAGAGAUCCUAUUUCAAAGAAACAUUUUGGUAAUCUUCGAGCCGACCUUGAAGUUGCUAUUGAAAAAGUUCUUUAUACAGUACAAUCAAAAUAUUUAAAUGAUGAUAAUAAAAAUAAAACAACUGAUAGUAGUGAAUAUAAAGAAUAUGGUAAUUCAUUUGAGACUAUUUUAUCUGUGCGACAAGAUCUUACGCCUGCACUUCGUGCAUUACUUGAACAUGGUCUUUAUGAAACAAAUUCUUCAACAAAUUUAUCGUUAUGGAUAUGUUUUCCACUAUCAUUUGUUAGCAAUUAUUCGACGAAAGAGGAGACAAUGCAUAUUUGGAAAUUAAUUUUAAAAUAUUAUGAUAUGAAAAAUGGAUAUGAAUUUAAAAAUAGUCCAGCUCAUAAACUUUCACAAUCAUUUUCAUUAGAUAUUAUCGGUGGAAAACCGAUUACACUUACAGAAUGUCUAUUAAAUGGUAUUGAUACAGUUGUUAAAUUACAUCAAAACCAUACCAAACAACAAAUGGAUUGUUGUUUUAAAUCAUUUAUAUGUUAUGCGUUAAAUGAAAAAAGUCUUGUUUCAUUUCUACGUUUGAUCCUUAAAACAUCAGCAUUAGUAGAAAAUUAUUACCAAACAUGGAGUUAUACAAGACAAACAGGUUUUAAUGAUGCUCUUCAUUCACUUGAUCGUUUAACUUCAAUUGAUUUUCAUCUUCCAAUAAAUACAUCUGUUCGUCGUUUUGUGAAUAAUCGAGAUCUGAUUGAAUANAUUAGUUUUAAUGAUGCUCUUCAUUCACUUGAUCGUUUAACUUCAAUUGAUUUUCAUCUUCCAAUAAAUACGUCUGUUCGUCGUUUUGUGAAUAAUCGAGAUCUGAUUGAAUAA